CGAUCGUUUGUUUACAGCAGAAUCUCAAAUUGUUUUCCCCAUUAGUUUAGUUUCAUUCUAUGUUGUGUGUUCGUUAACCGCCUGCAAAAAUGCAAACUGAAAUGAAAAUUCUGCUUUUUAUCCUUAGCAUCGGAUCGGCACUUGCUAUCCGUUGCUACCAGUGCUCGUCGCAAACGGACCCGAAAGGAAUCGAUAACUGUGGUGCGUACAAAGCCUUCAACAAGACGCAAAACAUUGCCAUCGAGUGCAACAGUGACGAGUCGCACAUGCCCGGAUCCUUCUGCAUGAAGGUAGUACACCAAAGUCCGAAGGGAUUCAUCUGGGAUGGUCGAUGGCGACAGGUGAUUAGACAGUGCGCGUCCGUGUCGGAGACAGGUGUUACCGGUGUAUGCAACUGGGGUGUAUAUGAGAAUGGUGUGUACUGGGAAGAAUGCUACUGCGUGGAGGAUGAAUGCAACAGUGCACCGCAGACUAAAACAACAUCAAUAGCCAUUUUGUGCCUUGUUUCGAUGCUGUUUGUUGCGAAAAUUCUAUCGUGAGCCUUUUCACUAUCCACAAAACAAUCCAUCCAGAGGGUGUAGCUUUCACAGCCAAGGAAUUAUUCCGUCCACAUAAGAAUAUCAUGAAACAUUCCUUAAGAGGGUGAAUCGUAGAAUUAGUUUUACAGUUGUGUAUCUUUUUUAUACAAAC